CUACCCCGGGAACUGAAAAUAUUUAUAACAUUAGGAACAUGUGGAUCCUUUUAGAAUUUUUUAUUCUCGUGUUGCUUGUAAUACCACAGCAUUGGAGAGAUCCGACACUUUUAAAUAUCUAGGGGUUUAUAUUGACACAACUCUUCAAUUUGAUAAACCCAUUAAAGAUGUAUGUAGUAAAAUUGGAAGGAAGCUUGGAGGAUUGUGUGGUCAGCGCCACUGUGUAAGCUUUACAGCAAGGUUUAAAUGAGUUACUUGUGUUCCCUAUUCUAGACUAUAAUGAUGUGAUGUGCGGGUCUGCUAGUGAGGAAUCGCUGAAGAAGAUCGAUACAAUGUGUAACAGGAUGUGUAUCUGUGUGCUCCCGUGUACUCCGCUAGCGCAUCACUGCAGCGCGUAUUCGACAUUAAACUUGCGAUCGCCUGCUAACACAAGGAAUUAUCACUGGAAUCGGAUUCUCUUUAAAGGGGCACACAACACAUUACCAGUUUAUUUAAACAGCUUGUUUCUGAGUUUCCCUGUAAAUACAGCCUAUCGUAAUGUCUGAGACACACAAUACUUUAAUAUACCGUCUGGAAAAAGUGCUGCGGGAAGAAAGUCUUUCGUUUUGUUCUGCUGCUACAGACUGGAAGCUGUUACCCGCAGGACUGAGACCUGACAUCUCCUGUGGGAAUUAAAAAAACAAACCCUGUCGUUCUAGUGCUUAAACAGGCUUGUGUGUGUGCUGUGUAAAUCUGAGGUGUACUUUGUGUAUUGUCUUGUCAUUAUGCGUUUAUAUUAUUUUUAUUUUUGAAACCUGUAACCUGCUGCUGUUAUUUCCAGCACGCCUUUGUAAACGAGCUACUUGUAGCUCACAUGGCCUUCCUAAAUAAAGAAUUAAAAAUCAAAUAAAUAAAUAAUAAAGAGCGCGUCACGUUUACGGUUAUAACCGCACUGAAAUAUACUGGCUUUAAAACAAGAAAAGACAACCGAUGCAGCUGCGCAGCAGAGACAAGAGAACGAGGCAAGCGCGUUUAUUGUUUGGAAAGUAACUGUAAUGUUAUUACUGCCAUUAAAAGCUAAACGCGUUCUAUUACCUCGUUAUUGACUAAAGUAAUAUUAUUACAGUAAGGCGUUACUAAAGUAACGAGAUGCCGUUCAAACCGUCAUCACAAACAUACGUGUAACAGAACAUUCCUUAAUUUUACAUGUUAUAGAUCUGGGGCUAAAACACAAAGUCAGACUCUUCAGCCCUGAUAUUAAACAGUUGUUAAUAUCAGUUGUUUAAUUCCUAAUCUUAACAUUGUAAUAUUUGUUGGGGGAUUUAGAAACAGUUUCAUAGAAUAUCUGAUUCGGCAGUUUCUGCUCCCCCUGCUUGUCUAAACCUGGCCUCAGUCCCAAACCCCGCCUCUCAGAGCUUUACACAACUCCAGGAAAUCAGCGCAGUGAAGUUUCGUUUCUUGUGAAAUCGUCAGUCUCUCUGUCUCGCUGCAGCAGAAAUGGCAGAAGCGAAUAUUCUGGUAGCGCAUGACCAGUUUAGCUGUUCAGUGUGUCUGGAGCUAUUGAAGGACCCAGUCGCUAUUCCAUGUGGACACAGUUACUGUAUGGGGUGUAUUAAGAACUGCUGGGAUCAGACUGAUCAUACAGGUGUCUACAGCUGCCCCCAGUGCAGAGAGACCUUUACCCCGAGGCCUGUUCUGCGCAGAAACACCAUGCUGGCUGAAGUUGUGGAGAAAUUAAAGAAGACAGGACUCAAUCCUCCUCCUGCUCAAAGUUAUGCUGGACCUGGAGAUGUGCCGUGUGAUUUCUGCACUGGGAGAAAGUUCAAAGCUGUGAAAUCCUGUUUGACGUGCCUGGCCUCUUACUGUGAAACACACAUCAAGCCACACAGUGAGGGGGCUGCUUUCAAGAGGCACAAGCUGAUCAAUGCAAUUGGAAAUCUGGAGCAGAAGCUUUGUGCUGAACACCAGAAGGUUUUGGAUAUCUUCUGUAGAACCGAUCAGACUUGUGUUUGUGUGUUGUGUACAGACGAGGAUCACAAGAGCCACGAUACAGUCUCAGCUGAGAAAGAAAGGACUGGGAAACAGAAGCAGCUGGGAGAGACACAGAUUGAAAUACAACAGAGAAUCCAGGAGAGACUGAAAGAAAUUGAAGAGCUGAAACAGGCUGUGGAGUCACUGAAAAGAUCUGCAUGCAUAGAAAUAAAGGAAAGUGAGAAGAUCUUUACUGAGCUGAUCCGAUCCAUUGAGAAGAUCCACACUGAGGUUAUUGAGCUGAUUGGAGCUAACGAGAAGGCUGCAGUGAAUCAGGCUGAAGGACGCAUGAAGAAACUGGAGCAGGAGAUUGCUGAGCUAAGGAGGAGAAACGCUGAGCUGAAACAGCUUUCAGAGACAGAGGAUCACAUCCAUUUUCUACAGAAUUUCCAGUCUCUCUGUGCCCCUCCUGAAGCUGAAGACUUACCCAGCGUUACUGUCAAUACAGACAUCUCUUUUGAGGCUGUGAGGAAAGCUGUAUCUGAACUUAAAGACCAUAUUGAGGACUUCUGCAAGGGGGAAUUAGUCAAAAUAACCACAACAGUGAAUGAAGUUGCAGUUUACAGUCUGCAGGCUCCAGAGCCAAGGAACAGAGCUGAGUUUUUAAAAUAUUCCUGUCAGCUCACACUGGACCCCAACACAGCGUAUAGAAAACUCUGUCUGUCUGAAUGGAACAGAAAGGUGACAUGGAGGAGAGAGACCCAGAGAUAUCCUGAUGAUCACUCAGAGAGAUUUGAUCGCUGUGCCCAAGUGCUUUGCAGAGAGGGUUUGUCUGGGACUCGCUGUUACUGGGAGAUUGAGUGGAGUGGGGGAGGGGCUUCUAUAGGAGUCACAUAUAAAGGAAUCAGCAGGAAAGGAUGGGAUGGCUCCUGUGGCCUUGGAUACAAUGACAAGUCCUGGAAUUUGAUCUGCGCUGGUUCCAGUUACACUGCCUGGCACAAUAACAAUCACACUGCAAUAACUGCCCCCCACUCCCCCAGAAUAGGAGUGUAUCUGGACUUUAAUGCCGGCACGCUGUCCUUUUAUGGCGUCUCUGACACAAUGACCCUCCUGCACAGAUUCCAAACCACAUUCACUGAGCCGCUCUAUCCUGGGUUUGGGCUUCAUUCUGGUUCCUCUGUAACAAUCUGCCAGCUGAACUAGACUGUUUUGUGUUGUAAGAAACCCUUUGUAUUGAACUCCCUGUCUGUCCUCUCCACUCCUCGGGUGAAGGGAAUGUUCAAUCUGACACAACUUUGGAUGAAAGUUAGGGGGUAAAACGGCGCCACCUGCAGAGUGAAACGAGGUGAAUUAUUUGUUUUUAGCAACGAAUGGAUUUCAUAGGAAGUAACUGUAUUUAAUUUCUUUUUUAAGAAUUGUUAUGUUUUAUAUAUAUUUUAAAAAAUGGCAUCCAAUAGUCAGUGCUGUAACAGUUUUAAAAAAAGUGAACUUAAGUUUGCUUUAUUGUGUGUGUGUGUUUGUUUUUUGAUUUCCAUAAAAUGUUUAAUAUUUCAGAUUUUAGUAAUGUGAUUUAAUAAAAAAAAAAUUAACGUGAUAGACUGACUUUUUCUUA